AGCUCCCUCCCUCCCAGGCGGAUGCACCUCCGGGCAACGCUCAAGCAGAAAUCGUUGAGCCGGUACAAAAACCGGUAGCAGAAGCUCCCAAACCACCCAAAAUAGAAGAGAUUCCUCAGCGGAUUACCAGGAACCGGGCUCAGAUGCUCGCCAACCAAAACAAGCAGAACGCCGCCGCUUCGGAGAAGGAAUUCCCACCCGUUUCCGCGCCUGCCACCCGUGCCAAAGGCCGUGUGACGGAGGAGGACGAUUCCCAGGCCCAGCACCCGCGCAAGCGCCGGUUCCAGCGCUCCAACCAGCAGCUGCAGCAGCAGAUCAACACGUCUACCCAGCAGACGAGGGAGAUGAUACAGCAAACCCUGGCAGCUAUCGUAGAUGCUAUAAAACUGGACGACAUUGAACCUUACCACAGCGACAGGUCCAACCCCUACUUCGAGUACCUCCAGAUCAGGAAAAAGAUCGAAGAGAAGCGGAAAAUCCUCUGCUACAUCACUCCCCAAGCUCCACAGUGCUACGCUGAGUACGUCACCUACACAGGCUCCUACCUGUUGGAUGGCAAACCCCUGAGCAAGCUCCAUAUUCCAGUGAUCGCCCCGCCACCGUCGCUCGCCGAGCCUCUGAAGGAGCUCUUCAAGCAGCAGGAAGCCGUCCGGGGGAAGCUGCGGCUCCAGCACAGCAUAGAGCGGGAGAAGCUCAUCGUCUCCUGCGAGCAGGAGAUUCUGAGAGUUCAUUGUCGGGCAGCAAGGACGAUUGCCAACCAGGCG